CCUUUAUUUUGGAGAGCAGGUGAAACGCACAUCCGGUGUUGUCGCUUCCUUCACUAUCCUGUGCUCCUUUAGUUUCUCUGCUGUAAUUAAAUAUGAUUUUAAGCGGAUUUUACAGUGCAUCAAACCUUCUGAAGUCCAGCGGGGCGUUUUGGAGGAUCUGGACGAGGAAGAUGAGCGCUGAUUCUUCAUCUCUGACCCUGAGACAACAGCAGGAUGGAAUCAGGAGGAUCAUUCUGAACGACCCCAGGAAGAGGAACGCUCUGUCUCUGGCCAUGCUGGAGUCGCUGAGAGAAGACCUCGUGACAGACGUGCACACGCGAGACCUGCGCGUCAUUAUCAUAUCAGCGCGGGGGCCCGUGUUUUCCUCAGGUCAUGACCUCAAGGAGCUGACCUCCGCCUGGGGCCGCGAGUAUCACAGCAAGGUGUUCCAGACCUGCUCAGAGGUCAUGACCCUGAUUCAGGAUCUCCCGGUGCCGGUCAUAGCGAUGGUGAAUGGUGUCGCCACGGCGGCGGGUUGCCAGUUAGUCGCCAGCUGUGAUAUUGCUGUCGCAACAGAGAAAUCGACUUUCGCCACUCCUGGCAUCAACGUCGGGCUGUUCUGCUCCACCCCGGGAGUGGCGAUCGGGCGGGCGCUGCCCAGAAAGGUUGCCAUGGAGAUGUUGUUGACGGGCCGCCCCAUCUCCGCUCAGGACGCGCUGCUGCACGGGCUGGUCAGUAAGGUGGUGAGCGAGCAGCAGUUAGAGGACGAGACGCUGGCCAUCGCCAGGCGCGUGUGUGAGUGCAGUCGGCCCGUGGUGGCUCUUGGGAAGGCCGUGUUUCACAGGCAGAUGGCCGAGGGUCAAGACGCAGCGUACGCUUGUGCCUCUGCUGCCAUGGUGAAGAACCUGGCGCUGCGGGACGGGCAGGAGGGCAUCAGGGCGUUCCUGGAGAAACGCAAGCCUGUGUGGAGCAACAGUGACGAGGAAGCCCACAUGUGACUCCACAAACACACCGAAGCAAUUAAGACUUUUUAUUGAACGGUUCACUCACUGUGUCUAACUGUGCAAAUCUUUAAGUAAAUAUGAGCACUUCAUGAGGUUGUGAGGUACCACCUGAUCUCUCUCUUCAAAAGCGUCUUUCAGAGUUCAUGUGUUCAUGUUUAUUUCUUUAUCUCUGUGGAAUCAUGUGUUAAACAGGAGAAAGUUCUGGAGAAAGCAGUGAGUCACCUGUAUUUGUUCAGAAAUUAUCAUAAAUAUCACUAAUAUUUGUGCUCUCUCCAUCAAAACAUUGUUACAUAUUUCCCCUUCACUGUUCAGCAUGUUUGUUUUACAGGAUUCGUCUUGCAUAUCAGUUCUUCAUUUUUCUGUUCUCAUUGUUUUGAACUAAAUUAAGGUGCAGUGUGGAUGAAACUGCCUGAUGAUCCAUGCCAAAUACAACACUACCACAUUUGUUAUAUGUACAGUGAUUUGUUGUACUUGUACAGUUUGCACUGUAAGUGAAUGUGGCAAACUGAUGUAAGAGUCUUAAUUAAAUUAUAUUAAUGCUGCUGAUUCAAUUGUUGACCACAA